UUAACGCGCACGCCCCCGCGAGAAGCGGAUAGGAUUGGUACUUUGCAAACCUAAACGAGAUCGUGCAUUCCGGGCCCCUUCCUUACAUUUCUUCCUUAUCUGUCUUCAUGAACAGAUAGUUUGCCUCUUGACGCCGGUCUCGAAAGGUCCUCCUUGACCAAGUUCCUGAAUGGGUGAAAGUUCAGGACCUAGCUCGUUUACAAUUCUGGCCACGGGGCAAAUAGAGUGUGCGCAGAUACCGAACUGCACGAACGCAUACCUGAAGUUUCAGUUCGUCGCCGGUGAGGACUGGCAACUCCUGGACGGCCUAGAGGAGGGCAUCACACAGGCAGCACGCGUACCCGAAGGGCGUGACGGCGUGCUGGUGUGGAACUUCCCCAUCGACAUCACCUACAAGACCACCAACGCCUUUGGAUGGCCGCAACUUGUCGUGGCUGUCUAUGGACUCGACAUGUUUGGGCGGGACGUCAUUAAAGGAUACGGCUGCAUGCACCUACCCAUGUCGGCUGGCAGGUACGAACUGACCCUCCGGCUCUUCAGGCCGCGGUCUGCUUCUGCCUUGCAGUCCCUGACGUCGUGGCUGUCAGGCAUGCCGGCGGAGUUUUCAGACCCUAAAUUUCCUAGCUACGGCGAGGGCAGAGAGGUAACGCGCGUACAGUCCGGCGGCCACGUCAAGGUGCAAAUCAACCUCCUGACCAAGGACAUGGACGUCUUCGGCUAUGUGGAUGGAAGCGGGCGAGACCCAGCCGUGGCGUCUGUUACCCAGAUGUGAUUGUGCCGUCCAACAGAACCAGCUCCGAUGGGGACAGAUGCAGUGCUCUCCGCUACCUUCCGACCAGAAGGCGUGCUGGGAGCGGCUACUCAGCUGUUUGGUUUUCAGGCUGUUUGCCAGUAUGAAGCGUGUCCGGUUCCGCCUGGCACAAGUUCAUCAUCCUAUACCGUGGCUCCAGGGUUGUGCAGAAGUUAUGCCUGUAUUUAAAAGCAGCAUGUCGUGCACGCUCAUCGUGCUCUCAAGUUCGGCAGUAGUAUGCUGUUGGCGACGUAUCAUAUACUGUGACACGGGGUGCAAUGCUCGUGAAGCGCCCCUGGAUAGCUUUGCACUAUACUAUUCUGUCGUUCCGGAUGGCUUUUGGUAUAAAAUCCAUCCAAGUCCUCUGUACCUGCCCAUGCGCCAGCCCAAGGCCUGCCAAUGCCUCAUCGUGUAUCCAUUGUAUCCAUUGUAUCCAUG